GGAAAGGCGCGAGCGAGGAAGCGAGCGGAGGCGGACGCCGCUGCCCACCUCGGCGGUCCGGUUGGUUGCUGUCGGUGCGGCGGACUGAUUCGGCGUAGCACCCUCGGGUCCCGAGCGCCGGCCGCCGCGAGCUCGCUCCUUGUCCCGCGGGCCCGGCCAGGGUCGGGAUGUAGGGCGCGGGGCGCGGAGGCCGCGGGCGCGGCGGGGGCUUGGCGGAGGCCGUGCCGAGGAUGGAGAGAGCGAUGGAGCAGCUCAACCGUCUGACGCGCUCGCUGCGCCGCGCGCGCACCGUGGAGCUGCCGGAGGAUAACGAAACUGCUGUUUACACAUUGAUGCCAAUGGUUAUGGCUGAUCAGCACAGGUCUGUUUCUGAACUCCUGUCAAAUUCAAAAUUUGAUGUCAAUUAUGCCUUUGGACGUGUGAAGAGAAGCUUGCUUCACAUUGCAGCAAACUGUGGAUCUGUGGAAUGCCUGGUUCUUCUAUUGAAGAAAGGAGCAAAUCCCAACUAUCAAGACAUUUCAGGCUGUACACCCCUUCAUCUGGCUGCUAGAAACGGACAGAAGAAAUGCAUGAGUAAAUUACUGGAAUACAGUGCAGAUGUCAACAUUUGUAAUAAUGAAGGCCUUACAGCAGGAUUGAUGUGGAAGACCCAGCCCACUGUGGAUAGUACUGUCCCUGGGCAGGUAGACCUGGACUGUAAGAAAAGUGGAAGAGCCCGGCAAGGGAAGCAGAUUCACUGGCUGGCUGUGAAUGGGAGGACAGAGCUACUCCAUGACCUUGUACAACAUGUCAGUGAUGUGGAUGUUGAGGAUGCGAUGGGGCAGACAGCACUGCAUGUAGCCUGCCAGAAUGGGCACAAAACGACGGUGCAGUGCUUGUUAGACAGUGGUGCGGAUAUCAACAGGCCGAACGUGUCAGGAGCCACUCCACUGUACUUUGCCUGCAGUCAUGGUCAGAGAGAUACUGCACAGAUUCUUCUGUUACGAGGAGCCAAAUAUUUACCAGAUAAAAAUGGAGUAACCCCUCUAGAUUUAUGUGUGCAGGGUGGAUAUGGAGAGACUUGCGAAGUAUUAAUUCAGUAUCACCCAAGGCUUUUCCAGACUAUUGUUCAAAUGACACAGAAUGAAGACCUUCGGGAAAACAUGUUACGACAAGUUCUGGAGCACUUGUCUCAGCAGAGUGAAAGCCAGUACCUAAAGAUUCUGACAAGCCUUGCUGAAGUGGCUACAACAAAUGGUCAUAAACUGCUUAGCUUAUCUAGCAAUUAUGAUGCUCAAAUGAAGAGCCUUUUAAGGAUUGUGAGGAUCUUUUGUCAUGUCUUUCGAAUUGGCCCCUCAUCUCCCAGUAAUGGAAUUGAUAUGGGCUACAAUGGGAAUAAAACUCCAAGAAGCCAGGUGUUCAAGCCUUUGGAAUUGCUUUGGCACUCAUUAGAUGAAUGGUUAGUUUUAAUAGCCACAGAGUUAAUGAAAAACAAAAAGGACUCAACGGAUAUCACUUCUAUUUUACUGAAACAAAAAGGCCAGGAUCAGGGUGCCACUUCCAUUUCACCAUUUGACCCUUCUGGACCUGGGAGCUGUGAACACCUGUCCACAGGCACAGGGGACUCUGCAGCAGAUGUGCUCUCAGGGAGUCAGGAAGCCCGUGCAGACUGUCAGGAUGUUGUUGCUAUGACAGCCAACCGACUAAGUGCUGUCAUCCAAGCUUUUUACAUGUGCUGUUCUUGUCAGAUGCCUCCAGGAAUGACUUCUCCUCGAUUUAUUGAGUUUGUCUGCAAACACGAUGAAGUGUUAAAAUGCUUUGUGAAUAGAAAUCCCAAAAUUAUAUUUGAUCAUUUUCACUUUCUUCUUGAAUGCCCUGAGUUGAUGUCAAGAUUCAUGCAUAUCAUAAAAGCACAGCCAUUUAAAGAUCGCUGUGAAUGGUUCUAUGAACAUUUACACUCAGGACAGCCAGAUUCAGACAUGGUACACAGGCCAGUGAAUGAAAAUGAUAUUCUCCUGGUUCACAGAGAUUCUAUUUUUAGGAGUAGCUGUGAAAUUGUGUCAAAAGCAAAUUGUGCAAAGCUAAAGCAGGGGAUUGCUGUCCGAUUUCAUGGAGAGGAAGGCAUGGGUCAAGGUGUUGUGCGUGAGUGGUUUGAUAUUCUGUCCAAUGAGAUAGUCAAUCCUGAUUAUGCACUGUUUACCCAGUCAGCAGAUGGAACAACUUUUCAGCCCAAUAGCAACUCCUAUGUCAACCCCGAUCACUUGAACUAUUUCCGGUUUGCUGGACAGAUCUUGGGAUUAGCUUUGAAUCACAGGCAAUUGGUCAAUAUUUACUUCACGCGAUCAUUCUACAAGCACAUUCUCGGUAUUCCUGUAAAUUACCAAGAUGUAGCAUCUAUUGAUCCAGAAUAUGCCAAAAAUUUGCAAUGGAUUUUAGAUAAUGACAUUAGUGACCUGGGUCUAGAACUGACUUUUUCUGUUGAGACUGAUGUGUUCGGAGCAAUGGAAGAGGUGCCUUUGAAGCCUGGGGGUGGAAGUACUCUUGUGACACAAAACAACAAAGCGGAGUAUGUCCAGCUUGUUACUGAACUUCGAAUGACAAGAGCCAUUCAGCCUCAGAUCAAUGCUUUUUUGCAAGGUUUUCAUAUGUUCAUUCCACCUUCCCUCAUACAACUGUUUGAUGAGUAUGAAUUGGAGCUACUGCUUUCUGGCAUGCCAGAGAUUGAUGUGAAUGAUUGGAUAAAAAAUACAGAAUACACAAGUGGCUAUGAAAGAGAAGAUCCAGUCAUUCAGUGGUUCUGGGAAGUUGUGGAAGACAUUACUCAGGAAGAGCGAGUUCUUCUCUUGCAGUUUGUUACUGGCAGUUCCAGGGUCCCGCAUGGAGGUUUUGCCAACAUUAUGGGUGGAAGUGGUUUGCAAAACUUCACAAUUGCUGCUGUGCCAUAUACUCCAAAUCUUUUACCAACUUCCAGCACAUGCAUCAACAUGCUCAAGUUACCUGAAUACCCAAGUAAAGAAAUACUCAAGGACAGACUCCUGGUGGCACUGCAUUGUGGCAGCUAUGGUUACACAAUGGCGUGAUGAAGACGAAGAGCUCACCUAACUACUGUGCAGAAACAGAGUGGCAGAAGUCAUUUAGGGCAUGUGGGCAGAAGCAGCCUCAGUGCAGCCCACAGACAGAGCUCCUGUUUAAAUCCAUAAAGGACUGGACUUUCCACUUUACGUCUCUCCUUGCUUUGUUUUCUCUGUUCGUGUUAUAAUAAGAAAAUACAAAAUCAUAGUAGACUUCAUUUUUAAAAAUGCUAAUUGGAAGUAGACUAUUUUUAAAGAGUCUUUAGUCUUACCCCAAACUGUAUUAAGGCAGAAUAUUUUUUUACAUUCCACCUUUGCUGUGAAUCGUUCUCAUUUAAAGGGUAUUUUCUGUAUAUUAUAUGAGGGCAUCCAGCUGGUAUGUUCUAUCGCAUGUAAAGUACCAUUUAUAUUUUGGAAAACUGUUGUAUAGAAUGGAUUAAUUUAGAUUGUGUAAAGCCACAAAAAUGUAUUUUCCCACACUAUACCUAUAUCCAAUGGGUUUUAUUUUUUGUUGUUGAUUAGCUUUUUAGUAUUUUGAUAUAUGAUGUUAAAUUUAGACUAGUGUGACUAACAAUGGGUAAAGUGACAUCUAAUUUAUAUAUUAAAGCUUAUGCUAUAUGAAUUGUUUGCAUCUUUCUGUGCUCAAUUUCAUGUGUAUAUAGUGUGUGGUCUCAGUUUUUUCUUAUGCCUUAAUUUAUAAUGAAAAUAAAAUUGAAAUAUAUUUAUCAUA